GUCGUGAUCCGCGGAUCUGACCGUCAUUCGGUUGUUGAUCCGUCGAAUCGACCCAUGUGCGUCAUGCAGUAUUCUCGGCGCAAGCGCUCGCUCGCUCGCUCGGAGAGUUUGUUUUGGGUUCAUCACAGUUGCAUCACAGGGUCGUAUUCGACAGCUAGACAGACCAGAUAGGUAUUACCGUCUUACUUGUCAACCUAGGGACUAUAUCUGAGCAGCUCUAGACGAUACAUCAGCGUCGACGCUCUCCAGGACGAAACCCGCAUACAAAGGGUCCGACUCGCCAUCACAUCAUCAAGGUCGCAUAUCCUCCAUAAUGUCGUCGUCAUCAAAUACCACACCUACGGCCUCUCAACCCAUCGUGCCCAACAACUCCAACAUGGCCCCUCAGGCAGGAGCGACCUCCGCCAACGCCUCUCCUUCCACUCGACCUAUCGGGAUCGGCAUCGCCAGCCCGCCCGUACCUAAUAUCCCGCUGAGAAACCAGGACUCGCCGUUCGGAACUUCGUUCAGACCCAGGAGCUUGGUCGGGUCCAUGCAGGAAAGGGGAGAACUGGGUGUUUCGUACAAUCGACGAAAGGGGUUGGAAGGCGGUGAAUCUCCGGCACAGGGGCAGAAGGAUCGGGCAGUUUCUUCUUCCACCGGAAAGGAUUUGGGUCUGGGGGAGAAGAGGGACCCGGCAGGUGCAGGAGAAGCGGGUGGGAAGGUCUCUGCAUUGAGUGCUAGAUUGGGGGAUGAACAGGACAAGCAGGAGGAGCAGAGGGGAAGGUCGGGAAGGUCCAGGUCGAUCAGGUCUAGGGAAGACAAUGGCAAAGACAAGUCCCCAGCCGGGUCUAACGAGGCAGAAGACGAUACCGGGAAACAGGACAAGAAACGGGCCGACCUGCCCCUUCCUCCAUUUCCUCGUCAAAUCUCUUCCAACAGCACGAAGAACCAGAACCAGACCGCAUCCAACCCUAACAACCCGGGCGAAAGUGGAAUCUCUUCCCACGUGGUCACCCCGACCCAGAUCGAGGAGAUCCCGGAGGAAGAAAAAAUACGGAUCUUGAGGCGACACCUGGUCAGUGCCGAAGAGAGACAAGCUGGGGAAGCUAGACGAGGGAGCGUCGUGGAUCACGAGACGCCCAGGGGCUCGAUCAUGCAGUCUCAAGCUCAGGGGGGUGCAGAAGGAGCAGGGUCGAAGAGCAGGAAAUCGAGCAACAGAUCAGGGUCGCUCUUGCCCGAAUUCAGGAACGCUUCUGGAUUGAACGUUCCUAAUGAUACCGUCGUCCUGAACGAGGACGAGGCGGGAACUUCGAAGAUUCAGCAAUCGGGAACGAUGACGGGGAGGUCGAGCAGGAAGGGGAGUAUGAGGUUACAAGAGGAGGAGUCGCAGGACGUGUUUCCGAUGCCUUAUGAUGCUCUGGGUGGAGAUGUCACGCACGGCAUCUACAAGUACCAGCAGACGCACGGAGGGAUCCCUUCCAACCGACGUUCCCUCUCCCUCUCGGCCGUCCAGCGGGACUCGAGUUUGAAGAGGGACCUCGACCCUUCCCUCCAGAGGUUGCACGAACCCGGCGGCAUGAGACGACACUAUGUAAUCCAUCGAGCUGUCGAGAGGGGGGAAGACCAGCCGGUCGUCCUGAGGAGUUUUGUGGAUUUCUUGUUCUUGUACGGACAUUUCGCGGGUGAAGACCUUGACGAGGACGAAGACGACAUGGACCUGGACGAAGAGGCUCAUCCUGAGGAGGUCUCUGCCGGACUACGUCAAAGACAGCUCACCAGGCAAGAGACCGAGGCCAUGGGGGAACGUGCGCCUCUAUUGAGGGACCAGACGAGGGGCAGGAGCGUGGCUAGGAUGAAGAGGGGCAAGAGCGUGGGAAAGACUGGGGACGCCACUGUUUGGCAAGCUGUCUUGAUGUUGCUCAAAGGUUUCGUCGGAACGGGAGUCCUAUUCUUGGGUAAAGCCUUCUUCAAUGGAGGAAUAUUGUUCUCGACGAUCGUCAUGCUCGGUAUCGCGGCUAUUUCGCUCUGGUCCUUCCUGUUGUUGGUCAAGACCCGGCUGGUCAUUCCCGGUUCUUUCGGAGAUAUGGGUGGCACGCUUUAUGGAAACUGGUUCCGCCAGGUCAUCCUGACCUCGAUCGCCCUGUCACAAAUCGGUUUCGUCUGCGCCUAUACCAUCUUCGUUGCCGAGAACCUGCAAGCCUUCGUCCUUGGAGUGACCAAGUGCAAGCAACAUAUCCCGAUUAAAUACCUCAUCGCCGCUCAGCUGCUGGUUGUUCUGCCUCUGAGCUUGUUCCGAAACUUGGCCGCCUUGUCUUCGACCGCCUUGAUCGCCGAUGCCUUUAUCCUGGUCGGACUCAUCUACAUCGGUUCGAACGAAGUAGCCACAAUCGCCAAGCAUGGCGUGGCCGAUGUCCAGCUGUUCAAUGCAAAGGACUUUUCCCUCAUGGUCGGAACCGCCGUGUUCGCCUUCGAAGGUAUCGGCUUGCUGAUUCCUAUCACCGAAGCCAUGAAGGAGCCUCACAAGUUCCCCAAGGUUUUGACAGGCGUCAUGAUCGGUGUUGCUGCCCUCUUUGCUGGCUUCGGUGUCAUGGGCUAUGCAGCUUACGGAUCCAACAUCCAGACGGUUGUUAUCGUCAAUCUGCCUCAGGAGGACAAGUUCGUGCAGGUGGUGCAGUUCCUCUAUACUAUCGCCAUCGUCUUGAGUCUUCCACUUCAAUUGUUCCCCGCUGUCCGAAUCUGGGAGAACGGUCUCUUUGUCCGCUCUGGCAAGCACGACCCCAAGGUCAAGUGGGAGAAGAACAUCUUCCGAGCUGGUAUCGUGCUGCUGUGUUCCUUGAUCUCUUGGGCCGGUGCCUCCAACUUGGACGGUUUCGUCAGCUUCAUCGGCUCUUUCGCUUGCGUACCCUUGUGUUUCAUCUACCCGCCCAUGCUGCACUUGAAGGGACGGGCUCGAACCAGAACACAAAAGGCCCUCGACAUCGCUCUGUUGGCCUUUGGUGUCAUCACGACCAUUUACACGUCGGUACAAACGAUUAGGGUGUUGGCAAGACCGGCUGGCGAAGCACCACCUCCGGUUGGUGCAUGUCCGCCGCCCAAGUAAGAGUCGUCGCACGAGGGACUUCAACGAGGAAAGAGGAGGAGAGAAUCGUGAUACACGAUCGUAUCGAAGCAGAGGGUGGUCACCAGUUUCAGUCGCAUAGGUUCUUUCUCAGCAUAAUGUAUCGCACCGGACACACAGUCCGGUCGCUCAUUCGUCAGGCUUUUUCAAGAAAACAACAUCAAAAUCGUCAUCCCAGAGCAUGAACAAGACAUCCAGAUUUACAAUCCGAGC